UUGUGAUGUCAGACGUUUUGACAGACAGAGUUGUGCAGAGAUUGUCAAAACUGAUUAAUCUUGGGAAUAUCCGUGCAGAUGACUUUAGCGUGUACCUGGGAUUCACCAAAGCCGAGGGCAAUGCCGCAGCGAUAGGGGUCAAUCUCACCAUGAAUCAACAUGGCGCAUUCGACAAACUCCUCUCCAAGUAUGUUAUGAAACAUGGACGGAAGAGCGAAAGUGCUCUGCAACUGAGACAGAUCUUUCUAGAGAGUGAAGAAUUGAAGCCCUGCGCUGAUUUCGUCAAAGCAGAAUUAGAGAAGUUUAAAAUUCCUGUCCCGUCAGACGCAUAA